UGUAACAUUAGGGUGGAAGCGAUGUUUGGGGACAGGGAGGUACCUUGUGUGUUGGAGCAUAUGUGAGUAGAGAAUCUGGGGGUACUUGAUGCUAAGGGGUGAGCAGAACAUGAGGGGUCAAAAGCUGAUAUGUUUGGGAGGAGGGGUGCUUGAUUCUGUGUGACCCAUUCUCUUAGCUGGAAACUCUGUUAAAGGGCUUGUUAAACUCUGAGGUCGCCUGGUAACCAGAUAUGGUGACAGGUGGAUUAGAUGUAUACAGGGAGAUUUAGUGAAAGAAAUUAGUUAAUAUUCAUAAUAAUCUUAAUCCUGGUGUUUCGUUCUUGUUAUCUUAUUUGUCAGGCUUUGCUAUGAAAUUUAAUGACUUGGAAAUUCUGGUAGAAGAGUUUUACAUGAGAAAUAAACUUUUUUUUUUUACUUCCCCGAAGCAGGUUUGAGACAUACCACUUGCAGCAGGUGGACCAAAACCAUGAUGCGCCUUUCUGUGUUUUGAGGUUUGUCCAACAUUUCUCUCUGUGUGGCUGCUGGGUGAUUUGGGUAGAGACGAAGGGAGACUCUAUUUGAAGUCAGAGCAGAUGUGGAUCAUGUUUGUAUAUGGAUGAGUAUCAGUAUUUCUUCUGCAGAAGCAAAUCCUCAGGUUGCAAAAAUGUUCGGUACAGCACAGUCAUCCAAAGCCCAGUUCCUCGAUAAAGCGCGUCAGGCCCGUGAGGAGCGGAGAGAGCUGAAAGAGAGAGAGAGAGCCGCCAUUCAGAUCCAAGCCCUGAUCAGGAGGUUUCUUUGUCGAUGCUGGCUGCAGAGGGAGAUCAGGAGAGAAGUGGAGGAUUUCUUUGAAAUAAAUGAAUCUGCUUCCAGUAAAAGAAGUGCACUUUCCAUCUUCAAAAUUUCCAGGAAAUUGCUGUUCAUUUUCAGAAUUAAAGAGGACAAAGAGAGGUUUGAAAAGUUGUGUCGCUGUAUCCUGAAUAGUAUGGAUGUGGAGAAUGAGCCCAAGGUGUGGUAUGUGUCAUUAGCACUUUCUAAGGAUCUUACACUCUUGUGGAUCAAACAGAUCAAGGACAUCUUGUGGUUUUGCUGUGAGUUUCUCAAACAGCUUAAGCCUGACAUCCUACAAGACUCUAAACUGGUCAAUUUGCACCUCACGAUGCUUGUUACCUUCACAGACACUUCCACGUGGAAAAUACUUCGGGGAAAAGGAGAAACCCUGCGACCUGCCAUGAACCACAUCUGUGCAAAUAUCAUGGGACAUCUCAAUCAGAAGGGAUUUUAUUCUGUGCUGCAGAUUUUGCUAACGAAUGGCUUGGCAAGAUCCAGACCAUCCCUGUCCAAAGGCACUUUAACUGCAAUCUUUUCUCUUGCAUUGCGCCCUGUGAUUGCUGCUCAGUUUUCUGACAAUCUCUUGAGAUCAUUCCUGAUCCAUAUCAUGUCAGUGCCUGCUAUUGUGACUCACCUUGCUACACUAACACCUGAGCGUCUGGCAGUGCUAGAAUCCCAUGACCUUUUCCGCAAAUUCAUCUUAUUUUUAAGUCGUGAGGCUCAGUGCCAAGAUGUCUGCGUGUGUUUAGAAGGAAGCCAUACUCUUUGUUUACUGGGUAACCUCAUUUAUCUGGGCUCCUUGAAUGACAAAGUGCUAGAGGACGAGACUGCUCACUUUGUGAGCGUGCUUAUCCACAUGCUCUCUUACUGCCAGAAGUAUGUGUCGCAAAAGAAAUCCAACCUCACGCACUGGCACCCUGUCCUUGGCUGGUUCUCCCAGACUGUGGAUUAUGGGUUAAAUGAGUCCAUGCCUCUGCUCACAAAGCAGUUGCAGCAUCUCUGGGGAGUCCACCUAAUUCGCAUCCUCUUCAGUGAUGUUCUCAGCAAGAAGCUGGUGGAGACUCAGGAGCCGACUUAUCUGUCGGGGCAAACUGCUUCCCCACAGAACAGCCUUCCCAUGAAAAAUCUUUUCAAGCGAGCCUUCCAGAAGUCCGCCUCUGUCCGCAACAUCCUCAAGCCAGUUGGAGGCAAGCGGGUGGAUUCAGCAGAGGUGCAGAAGGUUUGCAGCAUCUGUGUGCUGUACCAAACCACGCUGACGACUCUGACGCAGAUCCGGCUGCAGAUACUCACAGGCCUCACUUAUCUUGAUGAUCUGUUGCCCAAAUUGUGGGCAUUUAUCUGUGAGCUGGGACCCCAGGGUGGAUUAAAACUCUUCUUGGAAUGCCUGAACAAUGACACAGAGGAAUCCAAGAGACUGCUGGCUAUGCUGAUGCUGUUUUGUGACUGUUCUCGACACCUUAUCACAAUUCUUGACGAAAUUGAAGUCUAUGAAGAACAGAUCUCAUUCAAAGUGGAAGAGCUAGUUACCAUCUCCUCUUUCCUCAAUUCCUUUGUGUUUAAGAUGAUCUGGGAUGGAAUUGUGGAGAAUGCCAAAGGCGAGACGCUGGAGUUGUUCCAUUCUGUUCAUGGCUGGCUGAUGAUCUUGUAUGAAAGAGACUGCCGCCGGCGCUUUGCUCCUGAGGACCACUGGUUGCGAAAGGACCUCAAACCCAGUGUGCUCUUCCAAGAGCUGGACAAAGACAAGAAGCGAGCUCAGCUGCUCUUGCAGUACAUCCCGCAUGUCAUCCCCCAUAAGAACAGGGUUCUUCUUUUCCGAAACAUGGUGACAAAGGAGAAGGAGAAGCUUGGGCUGGUUGAAACCAGCUCUGCAUCACCUCACGUCACACACAUAACUAUCCGCCGCUCACGCAUGCUGGAGGAUGGAUACGAACAACUAAGGCCGCUGACCCACAACCUCAUGAAGGGAGUUAUCCGAGUGAAGUUUGUGAAUGACCUGGGUGUCGAUGAGGCUGGUAUUGAUCAAGAUGGUGUUUUCAAAGAGUUCUUGGAAGAGAUCAUAAAGAAGGUGUUUGACCCUGCACUCAACCUCUUUAAGACGACCAGUGGCGACGAGAGGCUGUAUCCAUCCCCGACAUCCUACAUCCACGAGAACUAUCUCCAGCUCUUUGAGUUUGUGGGCAAAAUGCUUGGGAAGGCUGUGUAUGAGGGGAUAGUUGUGGAUGUUCCCUUUGCUUCCUUCUUCUUGAGUCAGCUGCUUGGGCACCGUCACAGUAGCUUCUACAGCUCUGUGGAUGAACUUCCCUCUCUGGACUCCGAGUUCUACAAAAACCUCACCUCGAUUAAGCGCUACGACGGAGAUAUCAGCGACUUGGGCUUAACGCUCUCCUAUGACGAAGAUGUGAUGGGUCAGCUUGUUUGCCAUGAGCUUAUUCCUGGAGGGAAGACCAUUCCUGUUACCAAUGAAAAUAAAAUCAGCUACAUCCAUCUCAUGGCUCAUUUUCGGAUGCACACGCAGAUAAAAAGUCAGACGGCAGCGCUCAUUAGUGGCUUCAGGUCGAUAAUAAAGCCCGAAUGGAUUCGGAUGUUUUCUGCACCUGAGUUACAGCGGCUCAUAUCUGGUGACAAUGCUGAAAUUGACCUAGAGGACUUAAAGAAACACACCGUGUACUAUGGCGGCUUCCAUGGGAGUCACAGGGUCAUUAUCUGGCUCUGGGACAUCCUAGCCAAUGACUUCAGCCCUGAGGAGAGAGCGAUGUUUCUAAAGUUUGUUACCAGCUGCUCCCGGCCUCCGCUUCUGGGCUUUGCCUACCUCAAGCCUCCUUUCUCCAUCCGCUGCGUAGAAGUCUCAGACGAUCAGGACACUGGCGAUACGCUGGGCAGCGUGCUAAGGGGCUUCUUCACCAUACGCAAGAAAGAGCCAGGCGGCCGGCUCCCCACCUCUUCUACUUGUUUUAACCUGCUCAAGCUUCCCAACUACAGCAAGAAGAGCAUCUUGCGAGAGAAGCUGCGCUAUGCCAUCAGCAUGAACACAGGCUUUGAGCUCUCGUAGCUGCUUUGGCACCUGGGGUCGGCUCCAAGGGCCACUGGCUGGUGCUGGACACACGGCCCUUCGUGCAAAGCGGGUGGGUCAGCUCCAAGACAAAUAUAUGCAAAUGGUAUUAGAGGUUCACAGGGAGAGCUCCUGGGCUAGGCAGCUGUGGGAUCUGCCUAAGCUCUCCUGCAGCACUAGGGAAGUGCUGGGUCGGAUCCAAUACACUUGUCGUCAUGUAAACUGUUAUUUAAAAUCAAACCCGGGGAGAGCAUUAAAGUAGCAUUGAAAACCCCAGUCUGGAUCCGGCAGCCAGCGGGCCUGGGCCAUGAUGUGGAGUCCAAGUUAGCUGCUGUCGUGCGGGAGGGUUUUUUUCCUUUCCUAGGAGAUGGCCCAGCUUUUUCUUUGGGUGGAGGCCAUUCGAAGUAAGGCGAUGGUGGAAAUGUUACUGAAGUACUAGGAGGCUAGUUGGCAGUCAGCUGCAUUGAAUGUGCGUGUUUCCUUAGUCCCUUGGCUCUGGUAAAGCUUUGCAGUGAUGACGUUCUGAGGUCCCGUGCACCAGGCAAGGCCGGCGUGCUCAUCUCCCGUGAAAACAAACAGCUUGCCCGAGUGUAGGAGCAACAGCCAACACUGGCAGAAGAAUCAACCCUCCGCUCUCAAGGACUGUUUCAAAGUGCUGUAGAAUAGGAGCUCAAAGAACCGGCACGGAGGCUGGAAUGCAGAGUCAGUCGCACCUCUGCUGGCUCCUUGCCAGUUCUGCAUGUUGGAGGAGAGGGACCACUUUCUGCUUUUAAGCAAAUCAGAACAAGGUUUAACUUUAUUUUACUUUCAUCUUACAAGUGACCGGGAAGCACAGUGGCACUUGUAUAGCGUUCGACUCUGUCAGUGUCAUUAAAUGCAUCUUCUAUAGUCAUCUUUAAUGCUUUGAAUGCAUCAAGCUGCCAACAGCCUGUUUUAAAACGCCUCAGCUGGGAAGUUCGCCUCUUGCUCGGAGAUGUAAAUUUCAUAUUUAAGUUUACCUUCUCUCUCCCUUAUGGAGGUCUCUGCUUUAGCCCAUUUGCAACCCAUACUUGGCCUCUCCAAAGCCCAGUGAUGUUUGCUUGCCAAACUAUUUAUUUGUAAUAUUUUGGGCCUUAUUUUAUUAGCUUAUGCUCACCUGCUGCAUUCAGCAUUUUAGCUGGUGGUUAUGAAGAGUCUUUUUC